AUGUGGCAGCUAUUGAUUGUCUUUGCCUGCCUGUCACCUGGCUAUAACCAGGUGCGGGCGGUUUUUCUUGAAGAAUGCAAAGGAGUGAUUAUUAAUAAAGUGUCUAACCCAAAUUUGGACUGCAGUGAGUUUGUUCAUUGUGAUGGAGAUGAUUCUUACUACUGCAAUGGAGAUUGUCGGGAGCCCGUAGAGUGUUAUAUUGAAGACAUAACUACAGAAGUUCCAAAGGAAGUAACAACUUUAAAACCACUGCCUCCUAGCACAUCUACGGAAAAAUCUACCACACCAGAUGAACAACCAAAGCCUGUAAACACAACCACCCAGAGCACCACAUCUUCGACUUCAACGUCAACUAUAAGUACCACUACAACACCAAGCAACGAUAUCCAUGUGAUCUGCAGGACAAGUGGGAAAAACGGUGUUUAUCCGUAUCCAGCAAACAGCAAUUACUAUUAUCAGUGUCUUUCGGGUUACCUUCUACUACAGCAAUGCCCUCAGAAUUUUCAUUUCGAUGUGACUCAGGGACAGUGUAUUUCAACGAAACCAUAUCGCUCAUCGGGUUUACAUUUGUAAUCAAUUUCUGAUCUUUGUAUCUCUGUAAUAAAGUCGAUAAUGAACCGUGUUCUUAAGCAAAUUAAUUUCUGAUAAAAGCCAACCAACCGAACUUGAAUGAAAAGAAAACGCCAAAGGCUUCGUACCCUAUCGAUUCAGU